AUAAGAUAGUAAAUAUGAAAUUCAAAGUCUUUGUUUAUAAAUAAACACUUUUUUUUUUAACUGAAGUAGUUUCUCAAACGCUUGUAAUCUGUACAACCCUGAAACACUUCCUAUCGUAACUAAUUAAUUCUAUCAUUGUUUUAUAGGGCUGGCGUGGAGAUUUCAAAGAUAUUUGUUGAACUAGAGGCAGGCACACGAGAAUGACACCACGGAAACAGCGAGCCACUGUAACGAACGACAUCCCUGACGAUAUCUUAUUAACAAACAUAUUCAUUCGUUUAUCCUCCAAACAGCUUGCUCAAAUGAGGUCUCUCUCUAAACCCUGGAGUGCUCUUUUAUCUGCACAGUCUUUUAUUAAAUCCCAUCUCUAUUAUUCAGCCCACAACAAAGAUGAAAUACUUUUGGUAAAGGGUGGAAGUUGCUUGAAGGACGUUGAAGCAUUCACACCCCACCCCAGCGAUGUCACAUUAUUGGUUCUAUUAACGGUUUAAUAUGCCUUGACUAUGGUUAUUACUCUUAUACUAAUUCCAUUUACAUUUGGAACCCUUCUCUCUCAGCCAUAUUACGUCUCCCACCAUACAGUAUGCCCUCUUCUUCUUGUUAUCAUGUCUAUAAUUUCCGGUUUGGAUUUGACCCCAAAACAGAUGAUUACAAAGUUAUUAAGCUAACAGCCAACAUUCCAUUAGCUACUGGGCAUUACAUUCACAAGGAUAAACAAUGGAAGCAAGUGGAGGUUUAUAGUACGAGAAAUCAUUCUUGGAAAUUUAUCAAAAGUUAUCCACCUCGGUGUAAAGAUGUUAUUGGUAGAAAUGAAGUUUGUGUUGAUGGACAUGAUGGUCAUCUUCAUUGGCUAGCUUACGAUGUCAAGGAGGAGGUGGAAUUGAUCAGACGACAAAAGAUUGUUGCACUUGAUUUGGGUGCAGAGACUUUCAAUCAGAUAUCUCUCCCAGAUUCUUUACAAAUUUAUAAUUAUAACAGGCCUAUUACUUGCGAUUUUAUGACAGGAAAGCUUUGUGUGAUGUCACAAGUUAAAGAGAGUGAGUUUGAGAUAUGGGUAAUGGAUGAGUAUGGCGUGGCUGAAUCAUGGUGGCUCAAACACCGUGUGUUCUCACACCAAUGUAGUAUUCUUAGACCACUUGGAUUCACAUUGCAUAAUGAGCUCGUUUAUAUUGAUAAUGAUGAAUGUAUAUCUUUGUACGAUCCAAUUGCCUCUAAGAUGCUAAGCAUUGUAUCGGAAAGGAGCCUCGCUGUCCAAAAAAAGGGUUUAGAACUUGGUUUACUUAAAAGGGAAUUGGUCAUUAAGGACUACGUAAGACAAGAUCUCUUAUAGUUAGGACUAUAUACUAUGUUUCUUAGGUCUAUAUCAACUAUCAAGCAUCAAAAUAUGGUGAAUUACACUUAUGUUCUCCUUA